CCUGCGGUUCACUCCUAGGCCUCAGCCUUUCCUGCCUUCGACUGAAACAGCAGCAUCUUCUAAGCCCUGGGGGCUUCCCCGGGCCCAGCCGGGGCCUAGAACCCGCCCGCCGCCUGCCACGCUGCCACUGCAGCUUCCUCUAUAAAGGGACCCAGGCGUCCGGGCCCAGGGGCCCCACAGAGCAGGUUCUCCCCAUGACACCACCUGGAAGGCUCUACCUCCUGCGGGUGUGCAGCGCCCCCCUCCUCCUCCUCCUUCUGGGGCUGCUGCUGGCCCUGCCGCCUGAGGCCCAGGGGCUUCCUGGUGUUGGCAUCUCACCCUCAGCUGCCCGGACUACCUAUCAGCACCCUCAGAAGCACUUCGCACAAGGCACCCUCAAACCUGCUGCUCAUCUUAUUGGUAAACACCAUCUGGCCCUCCAGACACAUAGUCCCCAGCUCUCCUCCUACACCCCCUCAAGGAACCAAGCAUCUACCGCACCCCUCCCCCAACUUUCUCCACCUCCCAAAACAGGGGCAUCCCUCUCCCAUCUGUCCUCCCAACCAUCCCCCCAGGAACCCAGUCCAGCACCUACUUCCUCAGGGAUUAAGACUGCUGACCCCCAGCUUCUUGACCUCUCCCAUCCCCUAUGGCUCUUCCUAGGAGACCCCAGCACCCAGAACUCACUGCGCUGGAGAGCAAACACAGAUCGUGCCUUCCUCCGCCAUGGCUUCUCCUUGAGCAACAAUUCCCUCCUGGUCCCCACCAGUGGCCUCUACUUUGUCUACUCUCAGGUGGUCUUCUCUGGGGAAGGCUGCUUCCCCAAGGCCACCCCGACCCCUCUCUACCUGGCCCAUGAGGUCCAGCUCUUCUCCUCCCAGUACCCCUUCCACGUGCCUCUCCUCAGUGCUCAGAAGUCCGUGUGCCCAGGGCCACAGGGACCUUGGGUGCGCUCUGUGUACCAGGGAGCUGUGUUCCUGCUCACCCAGGGAGAUCAGCUAUCCACUCACACAGAUGGCAUCUCCCACCUACUCCUCAGCCCCAGUAGUGUCUUCUUUGGAGCGUUUGCUCUGUAGAAAUCUCCAGAAAGAAAAUUAAUUGGUUUCAAGACCUUCUCCCAUUUUGCCUCCGUGCUGACCACUUCAAGGGUGUCACCACACCUCUUUCGACCAUUCCACGUGUCUCAAGUCUCCCCUGCUCAUGUUACCUGGAGCUUCCAAAGAAGGAAUUCUAGGCAGCCCGGGGGACCACACCCACCUGAACUACACCAAUGCGAGGCUGAGGAUUUCAAGUCUGCCUAGAAAUUCCCACCCAGAGCUCUUCAUCUGUCCUGCCCAUCUAAGGAAGGCCUGGCCCUGCACGUGGAGGGGGCAGACACAUGGAGGAGCUUGAGUGGAUGACAGGAGGCAGGGGAGGGGGGAUUAUUUAUAAAGGGAAAAAAUUAAAUUAUUUAUUUAUGGAGGAUGGAGGGAAGGGAAUAAUAGAGGGCCAUCAGAAGAGAGAGAGAGAGAGAGAGAUACACCCAAGAGAUGAAGAGCCAGAGAACAUCAGCAUAAGGAUAAUCCAGGGAGAGAGAAAACAAGUGAAUCUGAGACACCGGGGAGCUCUAGAAGGAAGCAAGAGACUCUUAAGAUCCAGCCACUGCUUGACUAGACACCCCAUGAGGAGACAUCUGCACCUUCAAUGAAGCCCAAUAAACCUCUUUUCUCUGAAA